CGUAACCGACUGCUCAUUCACCUUUUAUGACCAAUUGAUACCGUCGUGUUUUUUGCUGAUCUGCUUCUGUUGACUCUACAUAUAGUCAUGAUGUGCUUUUUGAAUUCUUGAUUAAGUGGUGUUAAAUGAAAAGUUACUGAAAGAGACUGUGUGGUAAACCGUUUUUCCUAAUGACAAACUAAUAUUAAUUUGUCUAUUGUUAUGACGAUUUAUAAUCUUGGAGCACCUAGUUUGACAGGACAGGAUCCACGGUAACUUGCUUGGGCAUUACGAGCCAUAAUUUACGGCUGAGAUUCUGUACAUACUAGUGAAGGUCUUCAGUGUGUCGCUGAAGGGCCCCGUGAAGGGCCGUGAGUGACGGCGAAGUGCAUUCGUUAAGUGUCAGCCAAUUCGAUUUUACAAACAACUUCAAUCAAAUCCAACGACUCUUCAGAGUAGCAUCUCGGAAGAUGUCAGCAUUUAAUCGCAAGAUGAUGAUCCCAGAUGGUGUUGUCGUACAAAAGCCUUGUGUUUGUCCUCAGCGGGAGUGGGGAGAGAUAUCAUCAGAGACGUGCAUCAACUCAUACCAUGGAAACCGUCAGACAGUGCUCAAGUGGCUGGCAGAAGGCGGCGACAUCAACGCGACGACCAACUUGGGCUACACUUUCUUAUCUGCAAUUUGUGCCAACGGCAACGUGGACACCUUAACGUGGUUGCUGCAGAACAAUGACCUACACUUAAAUAUCAAGAACCAAUGGGGACAGACGCCGUUGAUGGUGGCAGUUCACCGGGGCAAUGAAGGGAUUGUCCGUCAUCUUCUCAAUACAGCACUUACGUGCAAAAUCGACUUAACUGUGCUGGAUAAGAAUAACAUGACCGCCCUGGGGUUGGCUGCACAAGAGAAGAAUUGGGUUGUCGUGGACCUUCUGCUGCAGCCAGACAUUCGCUAUGACAUGGAAACCCUCGACUUAACAUUGUUCAAGGCAGCGGAGUGUGAGAAGUGGAAAGUGGUCGGCUACCUCCUCGACCAAUACAGGGGGUUCGAGGAAGAAACCAUCAGCCUAGUUCUUGAGAAAGCUUCCGCCAAGAACAGCAUCAGGGCGGUGCGGAUAGUGCUGGAGAAACACCAGUCGUGCACUUACGAGAACCUCAGUGUGGCCCGCACCGCCGCUCACCAGGCCGGCUACCCUGAUGUAGAGAGACUCCUCGACGAGGCCCUCGGCAAAUACAUCUUAAAAAUGAGACGAAACCCUCGGCCAAAAGGAAUCAUCGUCCCCGCCAAGGUUGCUGACGACAGGAGGUUGGGAAUGACUGACAUUGGAGGUUACUUAACACCAACACCUGGUAGAGCUCCUCAGGUUGCUGAUGGCAGGAGGCUGGAAAUAACUGGCACUGAAAGUUACUUAAGGCCAACACCUGGUAGAGUACCUCAGCAUGAGUUGCAGAUAAUACAGCAGAGGAUCAGUGUGAAGGUGUCAAGCACCGUGAUGUCUCCCGCCCCUGACGUGUACGACACAACCACCAUCCCACGGGGCCUCGUCCUUAUCCUUAACUAUAAUAAUUUCGAAGGUCGUCCAAACCAGAAGAGAAAUGGCUCCACCCAAGAUGUGAAGAACCUACUGAACCUGUGCGACCAAAUGGGCUACUUAACUGAGGUUCACACUAACCUCACAAAGGAACGAACAAUCCAGAUAGUGGAGAGUUUUAGUCGACAAGACCGUUUGAAUGACGUUGGCUGUGCCAUCGUCACCAUCAUGAGUCAUGGGUUCAGCAGGCACACCUUCCUGGCCUCGGACAUGCAGCACAUCGAGGUCCCUCAAAUACAAAACUACUUUCUGGAGAACGUGUGUCCCGCCCUCAAGAACAAGCCUAAGAUCUUCCUCCUGAACUUCUGCCGGGGCGAUGACACCCCUGCCAUAUACGACAGUGAUUCUAUAAGGGAACAACCCAGAAAUAUGUUAUGUAUCUACUCCACCACCGAGAACUUCAGAUCCUACCGUGACACGGAGCGAGGGUGUCCCUUCAUCUUCAAUCUGUGUGAGGUUAUCGCUGAUCAUGCCUACGAGAUGGAUCUUGACGAUUUAAUCCGCAAGUUUCAAAAAGUUUAUCACUCCAGCUCUACGCCAGAGGUACAGAACCUUGGUUUCCACAAAAAGUUUUAUUUUAAUCCAAUAGGCUCCGCUCAUUCUUCGACUUAGGACCUGUCCACACGCUGCAAUAACCCUGGCAAAUUAUAAUACUAAAUGAACCUCUGUACAAGCAAUCAGUUACUGAUAAAUUUUCUUGUCACAUACAUUUAUAACGAUUCGUUAAAUAUCAGUGACAGGAAGUGUAUAAGGAUUCAAAAACAUUUGCUUGCUGUGUGGGAACGUCUUUUAGAUAUUUUAUUUGCCUGAGUAUAUGUAAGUUUUAAACUGAAACGACAUUGACAGCUUUACUCCUUGAAGUUCCUCGGCACCUCCGGAAUGUUUGUUGCAAUGCACAUUACAGUGACCCAAGUUCGAAACCCGACACUGGGUCAGAUGUGAGACUGUAUUAUCUAGUGUGACCCUCACUACCAAACACCGCUUAAGAAUCUGUGUGAUGGAUUUUAGUGCGUUUUUUCCCAGCUGAAAAGAGAUGCUCCGCUCCCUCCUCAAGAGUUACAGCUGGUUGUCUGUUGCAAAUCUG